AUGGCAGCUUCCUCGGCCCCUCUCGGCUCCCCGACGCUGUGACAGGCUGUGACUUUGCCCCCCACCCAAACCUCCAGCGCGUCGGCGGGACCCCUCCGCCGGCCCCGCGGCUCCGCAUCCGAGAUGGAGAAGUGCUCCAGCUGCGAGAGCCUCGCCUCCAAGCCGGCUCAGCCGGCCACCCGCCAGCCCAGCUCGGAUUCCCUCUCCAGUGCUUCUACCUCUCAUUCGGAUCAUUCAGCACAUACCAAAUCAGCUUCAGUCAUCUCAUCGGAUUCUAUCUCCACCUCUACUGAGAACUUUUCUCCUGAUUUGAGGAUACUCAGAGAAUCAAAUAAAUUAGCUGAAAUGGAAGAGCCCCCUUUGCUACCAGGAGAAACUAUUAAAGACAUGGCAAAAGAUGUUACUCAUAUCUGCCCGUUUACCGGAGGUAUUCGAGGAACUUUGACAGUUACAAAUUAUAGACUGUAUUUUAAAAGCAUGGAAAGGAACCCUCCAUUUGUUCUAGAUGGCCCUCUUGGAGUGAUUAACAGAGUGGAGAAAAUAGGAGGAGCUUCUAGUCGUGGUGAAAAUUCAUACGGCCUAGAAAUUAUGUGCAAGGAUGUCCGGAAUCUUCGGUUCGCUCAUAGACCUGAAGGUCGCACGAGAAGAGCCAUAUUUGAGAACUUGACAAAGUAUGCAUUUCCAAUGUCCAAUCACUUGCCUCUGUUCGCUUUUGAGUAUAAAGAAGUUUUCCCAGAAAAUGGCUGGAAUGUUUAUGAUCCCAUUCUGGAGUACAGGAGACAGGGCAUUCCUAAUGAAAGUUGGAGGAUGACUAGCAUCAAUGAGCAGUAUGAGCUUUGUGAUACCUAUCCUGCCCUUCUGGUAGUUCCAGCCAAUAUUCCAGAUGAGGAGUUGAAGAAAGUGGCUGCAUUCCGGUCAAGGGGCCGUAUCCCUGUCCUGUCAUGGAUUCACCCAGAAAGCCAAGCCACCAUCACUCGCUGCAGCCAGCCAAUGGUUGGAGUCAGUGGCAAGAGGAGCAAAGAAGAUGAAAAGUAUCUUCAGGCUAUCAUGGAUUCCAAUGCCCAGUCCCACAAAAUACUCAUCUUUGAUGCCAGGCCAAGUGUGAACGCAGUAGCUAAUAAGGCUAAAGGAGGAGGCUAUGAAAGUGAGGACGCCUAUCAGAAUGCCGAAUUGGUUUUCCUGGACAUCCAUAAUAUCCACGUCAUGAGAGAAUCACUGAGGAAACUGAAAGAGAUUAUAUAUCCUAACAUAGAAGAGACACACUGGCUGUCGAAUUUGGAAUCCACUCAUUGGUUGGAGCAUAUCAAGCUGAUUCUCGCUGGAGCUCUUCGGAUUGCUGACAAGGUGGAAUCAGGGAAGACUUCUGUAAUUGUACAUUGUAGUGACGGUUGGGACCGUACCGCUCAGCUCACCUCUCUGGCUAUGCUCAUGUUAGACGGCUAUUACAGGACAAUACGAGGCUUCCAGGUGUUGAUAGAGAAAGAAUGGUUGAGUUUCGGGCACAGAUUCCAACUGAGGGUUGGCCAUGGGGACAAAAACCACGCAGAUGCUGACCGAUCUCCUGUUUUCCUACAAUUUGUGGACUGUGUCUGGCAAAUGACAAGACAGUUUCCCACAGCUUUUGAAUUCAACGAGUUCUUCCUGAUCACCAUCCUUGACCAUCUCUACAGCUGUCUCUUUGGGACCUUCCUGUGGAACAGUGAGCAGCAGAGAGUGAAAGAGGGCCUUUCAGAAAAGACAGUAUCACUCUGGUCCUACAUCAACAGUCAGCUUGAAGACUUCAGCAACCCUCUGUAUGCGAGUUACACCAAUCAUGUGUUGUAUCCCGUGGCCAGCAUGCGUCACCUAGAGCUUUGGAUAGGAUACUACAUCCGGUGGAAUCCUCGAAUGAAACCACAGGAACCGGUCCACAAUCGCUACAAAGAACUCCUCGCAAAACGAGCAGAACUUCAGAAAAAAGUAGAAGAGCUCCAGCGAGAAAUCACCAACCGCUCCACUUCCUCCUCCGAGAGGGCCAGUUCCCCUGCACAGUGUGUUACGCCAGUCCAAACAAUUGUAUGACAUCACGUGCCCCCAUCUUCCAAAACCUGACGCUCUUCCUCAACACCUUCACGCAUCCCCUGGCUGGCCUUGAGGGCAGCUGUAACCCAACACAGUGGGAAAGCAACAGAUUGACGAAAAACUGGAGCAGGACUCUUGGGUGGUGGCGCCUUUUUCUAAGCUGUCUUGUGUCUAGACAUUGUAUUUAUUAUGGUCUACUUCUCCAGGGUAUUUUAUUACAGCUGUAACACAAUAAGGUGGAAUCUUUUUUUUUUUUUAAAGAUCUCUUAUAUAAUUAAUUUUCUUGAGAGCUAAUUAAGAAGAAACUAGCUGCAUGGCAUCUCAAGACCCAACUAUAGGACCUUUACUAGUGAGUUAGCAUUGAUUUUUGCCAUGGAGUGAUGCACUUAUACAGGGUCAUACUUAUUUCAAACCUCAGCCACCUGAAUCCAGAGAGCCCGAUAGGGACUUCUGAUGUACACAGUGGGCUUUGCAGAUUUUACGCUGCCCACUUACGAACGGCUCCAUAAAACACAAAAGAGUUUGCGAGGGGAAUGCAAGUCACCGUAAUGAGUUGCAUGCUAGGAAAGAAGGAUAUUCAUUGCAAUCGUGCAUAUGAAAAUUAUGCAUUCUUGGCUUUUCUGACGCUUAUCAGUGAUAGGACUAUUUUGUGGUGCCCCAUUCUUACAGAAACAUGACCUCCAAAGGGUGGGGGAGCAAGAACCCAAAAUUUCUGAGGCAAAUUACUUCACACAGGGAACAGCUCCACAUAAUCUUUCUAGUGGCGUUCAUGUAAAGAGGAAAACCUUGAAGCCCUCCAGAUGUGAGAACUCCUGAAAAUCUCAGUAGAUUCAGUAGCUGCAGGAUGUUCAGUUGAGGUAAGGCCAUUGCUGAAGAUGCUGGAGAUUGAAGUCAUACAUUUAGCCAACACCUACGUUGGGGAAAGGUAACUUAGAAGUAUCUAUGGGAGUAGGCCAAAU